GCUAGCGCACAAGACACACAUGGCCUUGUCUAGGAGCUUAGCAGCGGUCCUGUUCAUCUUCCUCUCGUGCUAUGCAACCGUCCCUUCCCUAGCUACCUCCGACGGCUUCCUCCAAUGCCUCUCGGCAGCCAUACCGGAGGAGCUCCUGUACAUGCAGAGCUCGCCUUCGUUCACGUCCGUCCUGGUGUCCUCCAUCCGGAACCCCAAGUUCUCCACGCCUAGCAUGGUGAAGCCGCUCGUCAUCGUCACGCCGACGAACGCUUCCCACGUCCAGGCCGCCGUCGUCUGCGGCCGCCAGAACGACGUGCGCAUCCGCGUGCGCAGCGGCGGCCACGACUACGAGGGCCUCUCGUACCGCUCCGCUCGCCCCGAGGUGUUCGCCGUUGUGGACCUGGCCAACCUCCGCUCCGUGAGCGUCGACCAGACGGCAGCCACCGCGUGGGUGGACUCCGGCGCGACGCUCGGAGAGCUGUACUACGCGAUUUCGAAGGCGAGCAACACGCUGGCUUUCCCGGCCGGCCUGUGCCCGACGAUCGGCGUGGGCGGCCAUCUCAGCGGGGGCGGGUUCGGCAUGCUGCUGCGGAAGUACGGCGCCGCCAUCGACAACGUCUUGGACGCCACGCUGGUUGACGCCAACGGGAGGCUCCUGGACAAGGAGGCCAUGGGAGCGGACGUGUUCUGGGCCAUUCGCGGCGGCGGCGGCGCGAGCUUCGGCAUCGUGCUGUCGUGGAAGGUGAACCUCGUGUCCGUCCCGCCGACUGUGACAAUGUUUAGCGUCCCUAAGUCUGUCAACGAGGGCGCGGUAGACGUACUCACUAAGUGGCAAGAAGUCGCCCCAGCUCUUCCCGAUGACCUGUUCAUAAGGGUGGUCGUCCAGAAGCAGGGGGCUAACUUCCAGUCCAUGUACCUGGGCACCUGCGACACGCUUCUGCCAUUGAUGGCUAGCAGCUUCCCGGAGCUCGGUCUGAACCGGGCACACUGCAAGGAGAUGUCCUGGAUCCAGUCAGUGCCCUACAUCUACCUGGGCAGCACCGCGACCGUGGAGGACAUCCUAAACCGGGCUACAUCCACGACCAGCUUCAGCAAGGCCACGUCCGACUACGUUCGUCAGGCCAUCCCCAAGGAUGUCUGGGUGCAGAUCUUCGCCUGGCUGAGCAAGCCGAACGGCGGGCUGAUGAUCACCGAGCCUUACGGUGGCAAGAUCAGCAGCUUCCCGGAGACGGCGACACCGUUCCCUCACCGUGAUGGCGUGCUGUACAACAUCCAGUACAUGAAUUUCUGGUCAGCCGACACGGACGGAUCGGCGCAGACGAAGUGGCUCAAAGACUUCUACACGUUCAUGGCGCCGUAUGUAAGCCAGAACCCAAGGGAGGCGUAUGUGAACUACAGGGACCUUGACCUCGGUGAGAAUAAUGUUGUGGGUAACGUUACCAACUACGAGGCAGCUAAGGUUUGGGGCGAGAAGUACUACAAGGGAAACUUCGAGAGGCUGGCGAUGGCGAAGGGCGAGGUGGAUCCUGAUGACUACUUCAGGAAUGAACAAAGCAUCCCACCACUAGUGGCUAGCAAGUGA